AUGUUGACCACGGACUGGUCCCCUGAGAACCCCGUCUUAGCCUACCUACAGACAUUAGCGAAAACAAAAAAGGGUCUCCCCUAUGGACAACCCGUCGUCGGCUACAUCUCCCACAAUCAUAGUGAUUCGGCUUCAAUCCUGCGGCUGGCCGCAGAGCUCGGCCCCCACAUCGCCAUGCUAGAAAUUGCAGCAGAUUGCAUCGACGACUGGUCCAGCGAUACAGUCCAAGAACUCCAGCAUUUAUCCAAAAAACAUAGAUUCUUGCUAUGGGAAUCAAGCAAAGUUUUAAACUCGUUUAUCAAUUUUAUGGGCAGAGCGGACGCACCAUUGGAAUCACGACAGGCGUUGGCGGACUUGAUCAAGAAGACGUACACCAGUGGCCCGCUGAAGACGGCAACAUGGUCCAAUUUAGCCCUAUCUUGGGCUCCUGCAGCUCCGAUUGAUCAGCAAGAAAAGGAUGUAUUGAUCCCUACGUUACGACUGGCUGCUCGUGAGACAGUUGCGACAACCGCAAAGACAAUCCAAACGGAGAUAUCCGCAGAGAAUAAUAAUUACUCGUCGGGAGAGGACGUGGAAGUCACAGCACCUUCCGAUGAAUCAACCCACGGCUGGAAAGAAUUCAGUCCGAACAAUAUGGGAUCAGCAUUACGCAAAUCAUCAACCAUUUCCUUCACCACCGAGUCUGUGAUUUCAGAUGCGCAAAUGGAUAUAGAUGACGGUGUUCCAGCCGUACCGCUACUGGCCCGUGGCAUCGCACUCUGUCUACCCAGUGCUAUUGAGACUGCUUUCACACCCGAGUAUCGCCAAAGUACGAUAGUUGCUGCAUGUGCCAACUCCGACUUUGUCAUCGGUUUCGGAACAAGUGAGCCCUUCUAUGUCAAUUAUCGAGGAAACGAUAUCUUCGAACUGGCAUUGCUUGAUGGCAGUGGAAACGUCCAAGAAGGGAUGGAUUGUGCAAAACUCGCUACCUCGCCUUAUGUCAGUGAGCACCGAAGAUCCCUUGGUGUUAUCUCUCUUGUACCACCUGGUCUGGGUUUCGGCUUUGAGCUUGAUCCCAACUUCAAGCCUGAUGGGGUUGAGCCCUCUGAGCUUGGCACUCCAUACUCUGUGCAAUAUCUUUAUCAUAUCACGAAGAAAGCCGUUGAUUUAAGAGAAAAGAACCGACAAGAGCGUGAAGGCAACGGUUCAAGAGAACCAACCCCGGUGGGACCCAAUAUCAUGCAUAUCCCAGCGAUCUUGAUUGCAUAA